AUGGAGCCUGCAGGGAUUCCAAAAGUGUCUCUAGCUGAGCUUUUGAGUUGUUUUGAAGAGCCUGUGAGUGAAGAGCAGGCCUGGGCUAUUUGCUUUCAGUGUUGCAGAAAAAUAGAGCAAUUGGCCCACAGCUCAGCACUCCGUUCUGUGUUCAUAAAGGGUUCUGAGAGCAUCUUUAUCCAUGCUGAUGGUACUGCUUCCUUCAAGGUCUACCACGAGUCUGUGCUCCGAGGUUCUAAAAGCUGUUUAUCAAUUCCUGCACAGCUGUCUUUUUCCCCUGAUCCUUGUUUUUCCCUUUCAGAUGUUGGCAGCAUUCAGCAGUCAGAGGACAAGCUGUUGGAGUACUUGGGAAGGGCGAUCUAUGAAGCCCUGGACUGGGGAAUCGACAGCCAACUGGAGCGAGAACUGAGUGAUCCUUUGGAGAAACUGCUGUGCCUCAUGUUGAAACUGGACGAGAAGGCAACAAAACCACCAGUCACCCUGCAGGAUGUUAUCAAGGCUUGUGAGGAGCAAUUGUCCAGGCCUUCUGAGGCUACCAGCCAUUAUGAAAUUACCUGUAAGAAUCUGUUUACUGAGUAUAUGGAACUACAGGAGCUUUUGGCUGUCAUCCAGACCUCCAAAGAAAGACUGAGAGAAAUGGCUGUGGAAGAUCGGGUGGAAAAUCCCAUUCAAAAGAAGAAAACCCAUGGUGCAUCCCCGUGGCACAGUGUCGUCUGUGAGCUGCAGGCUGGUGUGAGUCUGCGCAAGGCCGCUAAGCAGCCACGGCGUUGUGCGUCUCCAAAGGAACGUAUCCGCACUCCCUAUGAGCUGCUUUUGGAUGACAUUCAGCACAAGAGGUACGCCCUGCAGAGGGUGACCAUCAAGCAAAAACACAGGUCCCCCAAAGCUGAUGUAGCUGCUCUCAAGCCUCAUCUAGAGCCGGAAACCACUCCCAAGCUGCCUGCCAACCCCUGCCUUUCCUCCACCAGGCCAUCAGGAGUAUCCUGCAUCAGCUCAGGUCUUGCUGCAAAUUGCACUCCUCCCAUGAGUGCACCCCCACCAGGAGACAUUAAGCCCAAGUGUUUCCUGAGCACUGGCCAAUGGCAGCUGCCUCCUCACAGAGGAAGGUCCAGAUCUUUAGAGAGAGGCCUUCAGAGCAAGGAGCUUGACUGUCCCUUUUCUACCAAGUGGCCAUCACCAACCAUUGCUGACCUGAUUGAAACCAGAUAUGCAAGGAUGGUGCUCUUCCAAGGAGGUAGUGCUGGUGUCUUUCCAAGAGCAAAGAUCUGUUUCAGCUGCCAUAAGCAGAUGUUUCUUAAGUGGCCUUACAGAUGUUACCUCUGCAGCAGAGUUGUCUGCUGUGACUGCUGCAUUAAGAUGUCCAUGCCCUACAGAACAUGUGUACAUCUCCCACUUCAAUUUCUAAAAUUUUUGAGACUGUCUGAAGAGGAGGAUCCAGCUACUCAGGAACAGAAGAGCUCCAAGUUGCUACAUGAAAUAGAGCAGCAGCAGUAUUUGGGCAUACCUGUUGUUUUGGAGCCCUGUGGCCUAGCACAGCCCCUGUGCUGUUACAUGGGGACCAUGGCAAACUGGCUGACUGUAGACAUCUGUAUAUGGUGUGAGCAAUUCCUCUUGAAUGUGACUUCCAGUCAACAGCACAGCAUCCCUGUCAGGAGAUUUUCCUGGGCUUGAACCAAACUGGAAUCUACCAUACAUUUCUCCUGUCACUCAGUAUGUACCUGAAAUAAAUGAAACAGCUUUACGCACCUACUGACAUAAAGGCCUGAAUGAAAGACCUCCCUGCUGGUUAGUCUAAGCAGGAAGCACAGUUAGCAUUUCUGUAUUGUGAAGUAUUCUAAAGCUUUGUGGGGUUUAGAAAUGUUGUAAUUCUUUCUGUGUCUUGGGGAAAAUAAAUGUUCAAGCAUUA